AUGACGAGAACUUCUGUUUUGGCCGACGCCUUGAACGCUAUCAACAACGCUGAGAAGACCGGCAAGAGACAAGUCUUGAUCAGACCUUCGUCCAAGGUCAUCAUCAAAUUUUUGCAGGUCAUGCAAAAGCACGGCUACAUUGGCGAGUUCGAGUACGUCGAUGACCACAGAUCCGGCAAGAUUGUUGUGCAGUUGACCGGUAGAUUGAACAAGUGCGGUGUCAUCUCGCCAAGAUUCAACGUCAAGAUCGGCGACAUUGAGAGAUGGACCGACAACUUGUUGCCUGCCAGACAGUUCGGUUACGUGAUCUUGACCACCUCUGCCGGUAUCAUGGACCACGAGGAGGCUAGAAGAAAGCACGUGUCGGGCAAGAUUUUGGGGUUCGUGUACUAG